ACCUAUUGCAGUUGUUUUUUUCAAAAUUAAUGUUGCUGUUUGGGGUGGGCCGUGCAUGAAUAUCCGUUUCUACUGAUUAUAAAUAUUUGCAAUGUCUGUCUAUAACGCUCGGCAGUUUUUAAGUGCAUUGUACAAACGUUACAUAAUUUCACUGCCGUCGAUACAUUUAUCUAGAACACAAAAAAUCUUCAUUAUCUGUUUAACUGGAGGAUCGUUGUUACUGGGAGGCUUAGCACAGUUCUUAAAAAGACGAAGAAGACACCCUUUCCCUCCCUCGAGGAGACCUCUGAGAGAUUUAAAGCAAAGAUAUGCAAACUCAAAGAAUCCUAACUUUGAUGCAGUGUCACAAGCAUCGUGGGCAAGAAGAAGUGAAGCCAGCAGUAGGAGUCACAUAAGUGAUAGGGCAUCACUUAUAUCUUCUGUUCCAGGAGGUCCAGAUGGUGAUGUAAGAUUAACCCCUCAACAGUAUGGUGCUCUUGGUAUAAUAGAUCAUUCACAAAAAACGUAUUUGCUGAAUGUAGAUAGUUAUAGAAGCUAA